GCCCCCUGGUGGCGCAGGCCGGGACCCGGGCCGGGCUCCGGUAGCGCGUUCCCGGCGCUGGCGGCGGCGGAGCUGCCCCGCUGCGGACCAGCCGGCGCCUCCCCGGUCUGCCCCGGUGGCUGUCGCGGAGACCCACCCCCCCCCGGCCUCAGCAGCGGGAGAGCGGCUGCGUGCCCCCUUCGCCCGGUUCCACCGGCACCGGCCAUCCCCUGAGCCCUGGGCCGUCCCCGCGUGUUAGGCCGAGGCCGCUCUCCGGGGACUGCGGGUCCCCGCGGGGCCGCCCGGGCUCGGCCUACCGAGCCGCAGCGUUCCCGGGGCGGGCGAGGGGCUUCCUGCGGGCAGGCCCCGGUUCUGCUCCCGGCCCGGUCCGGCGCCGCCAUGAUCAACGCCAUCCUGGUGUUCAACAACCACGGCAAGCCGCGGCUCGUCCGCUUCUACCAGCACCUGGCAGAGGAGGUCCAGCAGCAGAUUGUCCGAGAGGUUUUCCACCUGGUGCUGAAGCGGGAUGACCACAUCUGCAACUUCCUCGAGUGCGGCAGCCUGUUUGGUGGCUCAGACUACAAGCUGAUCUACCGCCACUAUGCCACACUGUACUUCGUCUUCUGCGUGGACUCCUCGGAGAGUGAGCUGGGCAUCCUGGACCUCAUCCAGGUGUUUGUGGAGACGCUGGACAAGUGCUUUGAGAAUGUCUGCGAGCUGGACCUCAUCUUCCACAUGGACAAGGUUCACCACAUCCUGCAGGAGAUGGUGAUAGGCGGCAUGGUGCUGGAGACCAACAUGAACGAGAUCGUGGCGCAGGUGGAGGCCCAGAGCAAGCUGGAGAAGGCAGAGGGAGGCCUCUCAGCCGCUCCUUCCCGUGCGGUCUCGGCUGUGAAGAACAUCAACCUACCAGAGAUCCCUCGCAACAUCAACAUUGGAGACAUCAACAUCAAAGUGCCCAACCUGUCGCAGUUCAUGUGAGCGUGCCGUGGCGAGGAGGGCUGCCCCACGCACGUUGGUUGUGGCCUGGGCUGGCUGGGGAGAGGAGCUGGGCUUUGCUGGGCUCCCCCUGCCCCUUUUGGGUCUCUGCCCACACAGCACAUGGUGGGGGGCCCAGUGUGCUGCCGGGGGUGCCUGGGCUGGGUGGCAGAGGGUAGGGAGUAGUGAUGGGUCUCGGUGAGAAUGGGGUGGUGCAGUCACCUUGGACAUGGGCUCAGUUCUGCUCUCUGGUCUCCCAAGAACAAGGGCAGCCUUUCUUCUCCUCCCUCCCUGUGGAUGCACAGCCUCUCUCCUCGCUGUGGGGGGAAGAGCUGGGUCCUGCCUCUCCCAGCACUUCUUGGGAUUCCCAGUUGUAAAAAUGUACCUGUAGGUGAUGGCUCCUGCACAUUGUUGCCUCCUCCAUCCUCCCCCCAGGUGGGCCAUCCCCUGCCUGGCAUCCCCAUGCCCACCCUGGUCCUGCUCACUGGGUCUGGCACCCUGGGCUGGGGUUGGGGCCAGCCUGGGUGGGUUUGCUCGUGGUAGCUGCCCACGAGCUCUGGAGCUGGGGCCAGCGUGGGUGGUACCUGCUGCACGGGGGGAUGCCAGCAGGGAGAGGGGAAGGUUAGGGCAAGCCUGCACUGAAAGCUGCUGGGAGAAGAGAGCCAGCUUGCAGGGUCGGGGCCAGGCUGGGGGCCUCCUUCAGCAGCAUGACCCCGUGGUCCUAAUAAACCACCGUGUGAACCUG